AUGUCGCGACAACUCCCUCAGCGUCGGAUGUCAUCAAUCCAUAAAGAAACCAAGCCCAAUGAAAAGCAUCCACAGUUCGGCCACCUACCACUCAGCACCAGUGGUCCGCAAGACUGUGCCUUGACAGGAUCAGCUCUUCUCAACACUCCGUACUUCAAUAAAGGCGCUGCUUUUCCUUCCAACGAAAGAAAGCAGUUCAAGUUGACGGGACUUCUGCCACAAGAUGUGCACAAUCUCGACCAACAGGUAAAGAGAGCUUAUCAGCAGUACUCGAGCCGGCAAGAUGCGUUGGCGAAGAACACCUUCAUGACGUCGUUGGCAGAGCAGAAUCAAGUUCUGUAUUUCAGACUGAUUCAAGACCACCUGAAAGAGAUGUUCUCCAUCAUCUACACGCCCACGGAAGGUGAUGCCAUCCAGAAUUAUUCCCGUCUUUUCCGAAGACCAGAGGGAUGCUUCCUAAACAUCAACGACAUUGGCCGAGUCCAUGAAGAUCUCGCUCAGUGGGGUGGCCCAGAGGAUAUCGACUACAUUGUUGUUACAGACGGAGAAGAAAUCCUCGGAAUCGGAGAUCAGGGUGUUGGUGGCAUUCUGAUCUCAGUUGCCAAGCUGGUUUUGACUACUCUUUGUGCUGGUAUCCAUCCAAAUCGAACUUUACCCGUCGUUCUGGACUGUGGCACAGACAAUGAGGAGCUCCUCAAUGACGAGUUAUAUCUCGGACUACGAAAGCCAAGGACCCGUGGCAAAGUUUACGAUGAAUUUGUGGACACAUUCGUCAAGUCCGCAAGGGAGUUGUAUCCCAAAGCAUACAUUCACUUCGAGGACUUUGGACUACCAAACGCACGCAGAAUCCUUGAUCGUUAUCGGCCAGAGAUCCCCUGCUUCAACGACGAUGUCCAAGGAACAGGCUGUGUUACUUUAGCUGCCAUGAUGGCUGGCCUCCAUGUCAGUGAUCUCAAGCUAGCUGAUAUGCGAAUGGUAGUAUUUGGUUCAGGAACAGCGGGCACCGGAAUUGCAGACCAAGUUCGAGAUGCCAUUGCAGCCGAUAGUGGCAAAUCAAAAGAGGAUGCAGCGAAACAGAUCUGGUGUGUUGACAAACCUGGCCUUCUGCUCAAGAGCCAGGGAGACAAACUCACUCACGCCCAAGUUCCAUAUGCCCGCGAGGACUCCGACUGGUCAGGAAAGGAGCACUCCAAUCUCCUCUCCGUUAUCAAAGAAGUAAAACCGCAUGUCCUGAUUGGUACCUCGACACGCCCUAAAGCUUUCACUGAAGAAAUCGUCAAAGAAAUGGCCUCUCACGUGGAUCGACCUAUCAUCUUCCCUCUUUCCAACCCGACACGUCUUCAUGAAGCUGAUCCCAAGGACAUUAAUCAGUGGACCAAGGGCAAAGCUUUGAUUGCUACUGGAUCUCCAUUCCCACCUGUUAAGUAUGAAGGGAAAGAAUAUGAAGUCGCAGAAUGUAACAACUCGACCUGUUUCCCUGGCAUCGGACUCGGUUGUGUACUCUCUCGCAGCAAGCUCUUGACAGACAAGAUGCUCGUUGCAGCUGUCAAGGCCCUUGCUGCACAAUCACCUGCUCUGAAAGAUCCGGACAAGGGACUUUUGCCAGAUGUCGUGAAUGUUCGAGAGAUCAGUGUUCAUAUCGCAAGAGCAGUGAUCAAGCAAGCGGUCGAGGAAGGCGUGGCAACAGAGGAAGGGAUUCCGACAAAUGAUGAGGAUCUGGAAGAGUGGAUCAGAGAGCAGAUGUGGGAUCCUGCGUAUAGACCAUUGAAGCUGGUCGAUAAGCAGACGGCGAACAAGCAUGCAAAGGGACAGUCGGGUACUAAGGGACAGAAAGGGGACCUUUGA